UCCUAAAAUUUAUAUAUUGUCUAUCGUGAAGAUACGCCUGUAUGACAGGAUAACCGUCAAUGCGACAUCACGACUGGCUGUGGUUAAAAUACGUUGGCGUGGUGGCUACCAAAACUGGCUACAACUGAGCAUCGCUUUUUUUUUUUACGGUGUUUUUCGCAAUAUAUACGAAAUUUUGUGCACAAAUAUAUUCUCGGCAAGUAGAUUAUUUCUUUCGAAACUCGAACGCUUUUCGCUCGAGUCGUUUCGAUUGUAGAAACACAUAAGUAAACUAUUCCGAAAGGUUAUAUUGUUACAAGUUGUACGAUUUAUGGGAAACAGAAAAAAAGUAUAUACGUGUAUAAAUAUAUAUGUAUAUAAUUGUCGAUACUCUCGCCAGCUGUGAUCCGCUGCUGUUUGCUCCAUCCUGGCUGGUUCUCUUUGCUAAGCUAAAAUAUAUAGAUGCAGUAACGAUACUAUAUAAAUAUAUUACGAGUGCAUAAUCAUUUACAUCUGGUUACACGCGUUCUUCACAGCACACAUGUUAGGUCGAAUGGUGAAUUUGCAAGGUUUCAUUGAAUUCAAACUCUUUCGGGGUCAUGCCGACCACCCGUAGAGUGAUGUGAUGAAUAGCUGUGCAAAUGUCAAUAACGGUACGAAGCUACGAGGAACAAAGAGCUCGGAGCUUCAAGACGACUCGACGACCGGUUAUUUGCGAGAAAUUGAUCUGGAAAAAAAUGAUAAAGCUGAUAAACUUGUAAGAAAAGAACUUGAUUCGGAUUCCAUCGAUUUGGGCACACAGCGAGGUACAUUGGUCAUAUGCCAACGAAAUUCUGGAGAUCACAGCUCAACGCGUUACAAACCAAGGAGCACUGGAAGUACUAGAAAUGAAUCCCGAAUGGCUCGAGGAGGAACUGGUAGCUCAAAUGAGCAUGGCCGAAGCGGGACAAGGGGUCGAGCUUUCAAAAAAUCAUCAGCAGCCGACCGAGAUGCGAACACAGAGACUGGCUAUCAUGCUGCGGCAAGAGGCAAACUUCAAGAAUCGUUGAAGAAUCAAGAUAACUGCCAGAGCAGAUGUUACGACGACAAAAGAAUAAAUGUAAUUGCAGAGGAUUCUAGAAUUACCAAGCUUCUCCGACGUCUAUGUCGUGAGGACGACUACGAGCAUUUUUUGGGACUCUGCAAGCAAAUACAAGAAAGCGCUCUCGCAACUGAAAACCAAAGAUCGAUAAGACGAAAUUUGGAACUCAUUUGCGAAAGUUUGUUCGACUUGUUACGCACUGGACCUGGUAUAGAUGCCAAGCAACAGGUUGCCAAGUGUUUGGCCAACAUAGCAUACGUGACUGAUCAAGAUUUCAAAAGGUACACCGAAUGGAUUUUCAACAAAUACUCGAGCGAACGUAAAGACGAAGUAAAAUGUUUACUCAUGAAGUCCUUGGUAGAAACAUUAAAAUUAAAUUCCGAGACACCGAAACUCAAAGAUUUCUCCGUGACCAUCAUGUCGCGCCUACAGUCAACUCUCGAGAACGUCGAUAGGCCAGAUUUAUUGAUAUCGACAGUAGACGCUAUUUUACUCGUCAUUGAUUCUUACCCGGAGACAUUUUCCAAUCAUUUUCGCGAUUCAGUGGACAUCCUCGUAGGCUGGCACAUCGAUUAUACGCAACCAAAAGCAAUAGUAUCUUACGCCAGUCGAAGUCUUCAAAGAUUACGUAAUUUUUGGAUAGCUGAUUUGCCAUUUACACUUACACUUCUGGGUCAAUUCCUCGAAGACAUGGAGAGCUAUGACGAGGAGUUGUGUCUGCCUGGUUCGGGGCGCAGUUCACCGGGGGAAGAUUCAUCACCGGGACCUCGGGAAUGUAUUUUAAGAAUAGCAUCACUCAUAUCAGUUUUCAACACCGUAACAAAGAGCGUAGCAGAACAUCUGAAUCCGAGUUUAACACCGAUAGUACAAUGGAGUUUUUUGACCGACUGUUUACAAAAGAUGCUACGAACAGUGGUAAAAGCAAUCGAACUGAAUGAGAAGGAAGCAAGUCACGAAUCGGUGUCUAACAAUCAUGUAGAGAGUUCGCAGCGUAGCACCGAGAGCCUCACUGAGUGUAUGAGAAGCAUGAAUCUCUCGCAAAAGAAUAUCGACACUCUGUUGAAAGCUGUAUCCGAGAACAACGAGCUAAAUGAGGAGCAUCUUUUCCGAAUGUUGAAAAGUUUGAAUAUCAGCAAAAAAGGCGAAAGAAAAAAUUCUCGUAUCGUUGUCGAAGGAAAAGACAUAUUGGUCAAGGACAAAGAGCGUUAUCUCGUUAAUUUAUUAAAAUCGGUAGAUUCCAAGAGACGCAACAACGAAAGAAAUCUUGAUCUUUCUCAAGAGAAGGAAGAACUUAUAAUCGUGUCGAACGAAUGCGCGUAUCUUCUUCUCGGUUAUUUGCAAAGCCGAGUACCGAAAAAUCAUCACUUGCUCUACAAAUUCAUCGACUUGCAACUCGAAAAAGUUGACAUAUUUACCGAUGGGACUGUCGUUUCGACUUUGACAACAAUCGCCAAAGUAAUUCGUGAGGUCUCUGCCAAUUUGCCACUCGAUAUCGUACACAAACUUCUUGGACAAAAUUCGGUUAUCUUGAAAUUGCGAUUCGUCAAUUCCAUCGCUAUACAAAACGCCAGUCUCGAUGUUUAUCACAGUCUGCUGGGAUUGAAAAAUAUUCCGCUGUUGCAAGAGGCUUAUCGAUACGUACUUGCUGAUUUUGAAAUUGCUUAUAAAGUCAUUGUUCAUGACGCUGAUGAACUUGUUACGGAUAAUCCUCUUACAGAUGUUACUUACCAUAAAUCAGAUGCGCAAACAGUCGUUGUUUUUUUGCUACGAGCUCUGACCGAUUUGGCGAACGCGAGUAACUCCAUAAUCGGUAUGUGGGCACUUAAACCAAGUAUUUUGGAGCUUCUCGCUGUCAAAUUGCGGCCUUACGAUCGCGCACUGUCCGCGGCAAGUCCACUGCUGCAAUACUCGAUUCUAUAUUUGUUGUAUGCUCAUUGUUCGAGGUACAAUCAUUUCGUGCGAAGUUCGUGCUUGAUUACUGGAACAAAUACUUGUCGCCCGAUCGACAUAUUUCCGGGAGCUCUCGACGUCCCAACGACAUCGCCAACGAGUGGCCAUCUUUCCAUCAUACUCGAUCUUAUCGCCACGGCAUUCGAGACUAAACUGGAAGAGCGUACAAUUUCUCUACUCUCCAAAUGGAUGCGAGAAGUUUGUAUUCAGGCAGAAAGUUACUUGGGAAUAUUGAGCAAGACGGAAGAACUACGCGCAAUCGUUGCAAGUCUGUUGAAACGUGGUUCCAGUACGAAUCCUACCGUGUCUCUUGCCGUUUGCGAUAAUUUAGAAAUACUCAUCAAUGAUGACCGAGUCAUUUGGCCUGAACACGUGUACACUGGUAUCGUCAAAUUGGCUAUGCUGAAUCUUACCUCAUACCACGAAAGUGUUCGCACCAAAUAUGGACAGUUGCUAACCAAUGUACCCAUCAAUAUCGUUAUUUCGUUGCUCAACAAGCAGUGUCUUCGUUCGGAAACUAAGCGUUUACGAACGAUCGAGCGUUACUCCAUCGAAUCCCUCAUCAUUGCGGAGAGACUUCACAUGCGCGGGAGCAAUAACAACACCACGACUCGCAUCGGUGAAAUGCAAGGACAACACCUAAAAUCGUAUAUGGCCUUUUUACUUCAAGAUUACGAUUUCACCAGCUCCGAUCUUUCGGAAAUAUUCACUCUUUGCUGGCCAACCGUAUCCUCGUUCGAGACAGUCGUAAGGAUGCGCGAAUUGGGCCUGACGAAUCGUUCUUUCCUGUAUUUCUGGAGUGGUAUGGAAGCCGCUCAUCACUGUGUAAUCAACAAGUUACGAACACCUUUGGGCAAGCCUCAAGAAACCUUCACGACAAUCGAGGGGGCGCUCAAAGCACUGGCACGUGAAACACAGGGAACAACGCGUAACGAAGAUACACGAGCCGUUGAGAGAAACUCCGAUAAUGAUUUUCACGAGCACACUCGAGUUCGUAUGCUCGUUGAGUUUUGGGAGCAUCUCGAACGCUCGAUUCACAAUGCUUCAGAAGGUUGUGCGGUAGCGCUGUUACCACUUCCCAAACCUGUGAGAACGUUUUUCCACACGAACAAAUCUACUUGUAAGGAAUGGUUGAAUCGAGUGAGACUGGCUCUGUGCGUGGUCGCGUUGUACGCAGGAUUGUCGACGAGUGCACUGAGGAACGCGCAACGCUUUUUAGAGAGUCUUUGCAAUGCCGAGCUCACCCAAGGUGUGGAAUUCGAACGCACUGUCAUGUGCACAGCGACGGCUCUCGUAAAGCUCGGCGAGACCGAAGCUCUCCAAGGUCUCUACGUGUGGACGAAGGAGAAAGAGAGAAAAUUCGAUUGGUUGAAAGCAGCUGUAGAAGAAGCUGCCGGUAGGUACGAGGCUGCUUCGGAGCAUUACGAAAGAAUAAUUGAAUCGAUCAAUCUCUCGAAUGAGGAAAAGUCUCCCGAAGAAGUAGGAAAAUCGAUGAAAGUUGAGAUUAUUGCUUUCGCUAUGGAACAUUUGACGUCGUGUUAUCGCGCGACCUGUGAUUGGGAUGCAUUGGAGGUAUGUAAAACUCGUGAAAUUGAGAUAUUGAAAGAUGAACGUAACAUCGGACUCCAUAAGUAUAUAAGCAAGAAUCUAACCGCUGAACAAGCUCGGAGUUUAAAGAAAUUUCACAAUCGAGAAAGCGUUAGUCUCGAGGAACUGUCCGAUUGGUCGUUACUCGAGGAUAAAAACACUGGAAACUGGAGCACAACGAGAACGAUGGUCGAGUGUUCGAAUACACUUACCAAUAUUGCCAUGCGAUUAGUUGCUGGAGAGAACAAAAAAGAUGUAUUCACGGUGGACAUUAAUCGGUGCAGAAAAAUAGCGGCUAUGGUUAUGGAGGAAGGACUGCGGAAUGCCCCCUCGGAACACUUGACUGACGCGAUACUCGUUCAAUACGCGUCCCGGUGUUUGACCGAUAUUAUUUCAGAAUCGAGCAAACCUUUCAAUGUUUUCCAAUUGUCGAUGGAAGACAAUAUGAAUCACUCGCCCUACAAUCCCGACUGUAAAGCUCUCAGCGAGAUUCUCUGGUGGUCCGAUUAUUAUACACAUAUGACGAGUGAUACAACAUCGGACGAACGCGUCGAGAGUUUGCGCCUCGACAUGAUUAAAUCUGCCCGAAAAACUGGAAAUUUCAAACUCGCGAGUCGACAGAUCGUCAAAUACUUCCGACUCAAUCAAGAAUCCUUGGGUGGUCUUGCCUUGUCGGAAAAUUCUACGCUCGACGAUAUCAAAUCAUUGAUAAUCGACAAUCGCGUACAUGCCAAAUGGACGAUCAACAGUAUGCGAGCUUUUCGACAAAUAUCAAAACUCCUGUACAGCAUGGAUAAACUUGACGACGCCCUUAAGAUCAGCAGCGCAACGGCUCUCGGAAUUUCCGAGUCGAUCGUCAAUGGGGAACAAUCCUCCAGCGAUGUGCGCGAAACCGGCACAAGAUUGUUGCUCACCCUUUCGGAAUGGAUACAGCCGAAUGUGGCGAUUGACGACAACGAACAGUUGAAUGAUCUUUUGAGAUUCGAGGCCCAACACAAUGACGGCUUGAUGGAUAAACUUUUUGGUCAAACCAUCGAGCUCAUACCGCGGAGCGACAUGAUCAUUGGCAAAUUGAUACAGCUCGGUGUCAAUCAAUGCCCCGAAUUGUCCGUUGCAUGGUCGAGCUUUGCCGGAUGGUGUUACAAGUGGGGUCAUAAAAUAGUCGAUGAUUCCAAAGCCGGGCAAUUGACCGAUGCUGAUCGCGCUAACAUCCACGCUCUUUUGCCUCAUGAUAUUCGAGAGAGCGAUACCAUUGCAAUUUUGUCCAUACUGAGCCAGAACAACAGCAUGCCGGAGGACGAAACCGUUAUGGACAAGUACAAUUUGGCGAAUACUUCCGAAAUGAUUGAAAAACAGUUGCGCAACGUCGGAGCGUUGAGUCGAGCGUCGAGCCAACACUUGUCGCUCCUCGUCGACAUUUGGCGUCAAGCGCAAAAGAGAAUUUACUCGUAUUACGAGCUAUCGGCAAACGCCUACUUCAAGUAUCUCCAAUUAGCCAAUUCGGACAGCAACGAUUGCGCUUCGAUAACAGCGACGCUCAGACUUCUCAGGCUGGUCGUUAAGCACGCUCAGGAACUGCAGAACGUUCUUGAGAGCGGAUUAUCGACGACACCGACAACGCCGUGGAAAGAAAUAAUACCACAACUGUUCUCGCGACUCAGUCAUCCCGAGUCCUACGUACGUACGCGCGUUUCCGAUUUACUUUGUCGCAUAGCACGAAAUACGCCUCAUUUGAUCAUAUUCCCGGCGGUCGUCGGUGUUUUUGUGGAACCUCGUCGAGCGUACAACAACAACGAGACUAAAUCCACAGCGAUCCUGAACGCCGACGAUGAGGAAGAGGAGGGUGUCGAGGAUAACGAUUACGACGAGGAAAACAACGACGAGGACGACGAUCACGAGGAUAAGGAAAAGGAUGAUUUGCCACAAGAGCACCAAGAUCCCGACGUUUUGAUGAUCGACGAGCUACCAACGGAGAACGAUGAUAUCGAAGAGGAAUCGGUGGAAAAUUUGAAUUCGGUGAUGAUGAAUAAUUCGCGAGACUCGUGUCCGCACCAUCUCGGCGAUGAGGAACGCAGUUGCAUGGAAGCUUGCUUCGCACAAUUGAACGAUUGUCUCGAAAGCAGCAUCGAGGAUUCGGUUACGAUGGUCAAAGUUCUCGUUAAAGAACUGCGCCGCAUAACAUUGCUCUGGGACGAACUUUGGCUGGCUACAUUCUGUCAGCACCAUCGUGAGAUCGCCAAUCGUUUCGAGCAGCUCGAGCUCGAAGUUGAGAAAGUCCAGAACAAUAUGAUGUUGAGUCAGGAGGAGAAGGACAAGCUCAUUGCUGAAAAACACCGGAUAAUACUCACGCCGGUGAUAUUUAUUCUCGAAAAUCUCGUGGCUGUAACCUCGGGCCCCGCUGAGACACCGCAUGAGGCGAUGUUCCUGAAAAAAUUCGGACCCUGCAUCGAGGAUGUCAUACAGCGGUUGAAGUCACCGAAAAAUCCGUCAAGACCGCGAUUAACUUUCGCGCCUCUCAAGCAGCUCGAGGCCAAACUUGCACAGAAGGUCAACAAAAGAGGUUUUUACACCCUGUCGAUGGCUGACAUUAGUCCGAUACUGGCCAAUAUGAGGGAUACCGGUAUCGCGAUGCCGGGUGUUUCGAGAAUUGACAAAAAAAUCGUCACCAUUCGAUCGGUCGAUAACAACGUUCAAAUUUUACCGACGAAAACGAAGCCGAAGAAACUCGUUUUCCAUGGCUCGGAUGGACACGUUUAUACAUAUUUGUUCAAAGGUCUUGAAGAUUUACAUCUCGACGAGAGAAUAAUGCAGUUUUUGAGUAUCUGCAACACCAUGAUUUCGAAGAGUAACGAUUCCCGAAAGGUCUACCGUGCUCGUCAUUACUCGGUCAUACCGUUGGGCCCAAGAUCCGGUCUGAUACAAUGGGUCGAUGGUGUUACUCCGCUGUUCACACUCUACAAACGUUGGCUGCAGCGCGAAAGUGCCAUGACCAACAGCAAAGGUGGACAAUCAAGUGUGAUGGGACCCUCCGAUUUGUUUUACAACAAACUAGCACCUCACCUCAAGGAACGUGGCAUACCUUUGGAAAAUAGGAAGGAGUGGCCACUUCCGGUUCUCAAACAAGUACUGUCGGACCUUAUGGCCGAGACACCGAACGAUCUGCUCGCAAAGGAGAUUUGGUGUAACAGCAUAAAUUCUGGAAAUUGGUGGCAAGCGACGAAAAAUUACUCGUACUCGGUCGCUGUCAUGUCCAUAAUCGGCUACAUCAUUGGACUAGGCGAUCGCCACUUGGACAAUGUCCUCGUAGACCUGAACACCGGUGAAGUCGUACACGUCGAUUACAACGUUUGCUUCGAGAAAGGAAAGAUUCUUCGGGUGCCAGAAAAAGUACCUUUCCGCAUGACACCAAAUAUCAAACACGCUCUCGGAGUUACUGGUGUUGAAGGUAUAUUCAGAAUGGCCUGCGAACAUACGCUGUUGGUGAUGAGACGUGGCCGGGAAACUCUUUUGACUCUUCUCGAAGCUUUCGUUUACGAUCCUCUAGUCGACUGGAGAGCUGGAAGUGAAAAUGGCAUCGCGACCUAUGGCGGUUGUCAGGCGAAAGACAGAUGCACUGGAAUCGGAAUAAAACAGCUCGAGAAAGAACUCACCAGAGCAAUGUUCGCUGUUAGAGCGGCAGAGAUCCGAGCUGAAUGGUUAUCUAACAGAGAUCGGUUGGCAGCCAUCUUGCCACUACUGUCACGUGAAUUAACCGGGUGGCUCGAAGCUACGGAAACGUCACGACAGUGCCAGGAUUUGCUCCAAGAUCGUCAUCAACAAUUGCAUCUCGUGAAGGAAGCACAGGCUAUCGGCCCAUCACACGCUCUCUACUCGGUUAAAAGACGGUAUUCGACGUUCAAGCGAGCCAGGGAUGCUCAUGAGAAAGCAAAAAAUGACCUUAAGGAAAAAAUGGAAGAAUGUGAAAAACAAAUAGCUAUGCAUAAUAUCGCUUUGACCGCAGUCCGAGGUGGACAACUGAGUCGAUGGAUCCUCGAGAUCGGAACGCCCGCGGCAACCCGGGACGAACAUUUGGUUUUCGAUCUGGUGAAAGAAUUUCUACAAAACGCUGGUCAAAACCAAUCAAUCGUACAGUGCGAGCAGUCGGAAAACGAACUUAUACAAUUAGCGACGCAGCAAUCUCUGCUAAUACGCAAUUGUCUCGACCUUUUGUCGCAGUAUUCGGCGAUAUGCAGUCUGUAUCCACUCACAACGAUGUCUCAACAUCGCUCGGUACUCUAUCACACUUGGGCGGACAAUUUGCUGAACACGGGAAAUCUCGAGACUUGUCGAGAGAUCGUCGCCCGUUGCGAAGCAAACAUGGAGCAAAUAAUGCCAAACGACCCACGGUCGCAACAAGCAAUAGCAUUUGCUUAUCAAAUGCAAGCAAUAAUGAACGAUUGCAAUGAGAAAUUCAAGAAACACUACGAGAGAAUGGUAUCCGAGGGCCUGCCGGAUACGGUAGUAAGAAUUGAGAAAGCUUAUGUUGAAUCGAGACAGCAAAUAACGAAUUUUUUGCGUCGUGAGAAAGGCGCCGAGCGUGCUCUCGAAUGUGUCAAUGUGACGGCACUGUGUGCUCUCAACAAGCGUUAUUUGAUGAUGGAAGGAGCCGCAAAAUGCGCGGGUGAGUGUCUCGUCGAUUUAACAUCGCGGGAAGGCGAUUGGUUUCUCGACGAAAUGCGACUGAUGUCGUCGUUGAUCGUACAACUAGCGAGUCUCGUGCCUCCCAAUCUCGAGAAUCUUUCAUCAAUUGAGAAAAACAACGUGAUCGAGCCGGAUAUUGCAAUAAACCUCUCGUUCAAAUGUCUCAGAAGCGCAGACGCUAUUUACAAAGGUUUACAAGAGUUGAAUUAUAAUUAUCAAAUGAUCAUAUUACCCGAAGCACUGAAAACCAUUGUCACCGAAGAACCGAGCGUUCUGCGAAUGAUCAACGAACUCGACGAGAUAAUAGUCUCGACGGGCUUACCGCUGAUUGACAUAGUCGCACAGCUCGAAAUGCAUCUUCGAUUCACUCUUAUGGACAUGGAGAGCCCUCACGCGAUUGUUCAAACGAUAGUUGACGCGGUCAGACUGAGAUUCGAGGCUUUGCUCUCCCGACAAGCGGAUACACAAGAGCUUAACCUUGACGAAAGCUUAACACCAGGCCAAAUGUUGCUAAUGGGUUUCAAUGGACUUUUCGAGAAACUUCAGAUGGAAGGUAACGCGCUUGUAGCGAUGCUUAGUAGUCUCGAUAUCCCGCCUAGUUGGAAUAAAAUCGAUCAGAUAAGAGACGCAAAAGCGAUGGCUGCUAUGGUACUCAAUGAAUCAGCAAGGCGCGUGCUCGAUGACAUGUUUCUUAUCAAGAGACUGCAAACGAUACAAGAAUCGUUCGCUAUGUGUCGUGAUAUCGCUACAGCCUACAAGGGUGGACUUGCUAAUGUUUAUGACGAUGAGAGACUGAACAAGCCCGUUAAAACUUUCACAGCCGAUUAUGUAUCUAGGCAAUUACUCGGUAUAACAUCACAGACUCUAGCAAUUGCAAUUUGCUUUCUGCUUCAACGUAUGGGUCUCAAUGUCAAUACGGAAAUCGAACAGCGGGACAUCGGUGCUGAGAGUAAAGUAUCGAUCGAAGAACUAUGCCGUAAAAUGGUCGAUUCGUGUUUAAAAAUUGGACUCUUCUCCGGCUCCGUAUUGGGACAAGCCAGUGCUUUGAGCAGUGCGCUAGAAGGUGCUUGGAGAAGAAAACAAACUGCGAGGCUCUUACAGCAAGGAGUCGAAGUGGCGAGGUCAUCUUUGCAACGAUUACAAUUCCAAUUGACCGCUCACAAUUGGCUACACGAAGACAGUUUGAUGGUCCGAUCGAAUCUCAAUCCCAUCAAUCCUCUCAAUCGUUCUACAUUCAUGCUGGAGUUACGAAAAACAGCAGCUACUCUUUCGGGCUUGCAGUCGCGCGUCUGCGAAGCUCGUGAGAAACAACAGAAUCUUGUUGCAAGUGUUGAUCAGCGACUGAAGUGGGCAGCCGGUGCAAAUCCAGCGCUGGGCGAAGUGAUGGCUGCGUUUGACAACGCGGUACUGACGUCUUGUGAAAAGCUGACGCGUCAGCACAACUUGGCAGCUAUCGUCGUCAAUACGUGCAACUCGAUACUACACUACGAAGCAUUACGCACAAGAACAUCCGAGAGUAUCAGCAACGAUGCAAAUUUUCUAAAAUUGACAAAACAAUGGGAAGAGAGUUGCCUGCUACGAGUGAAUUUGACAACGAGUGUUACCCUCAUCGAGGAGAGUCUCGUCGAAUUACUGCAGUUGGAAAACAAUGUUGAUGGGAAUUGGUUGAGACGAGGUGAAAUAAUAAUAUCCGAUGCUAUAGUCGAAACAAACAAAUUACUCCAAGAAAAACAAGCUGCUCAAGCAAGCAGCGAAGAUACGUUGCGAGAACGUGUCAGCGAAUUACAGUGUAUUAUAAUGGAGCAUCAUUGGCUUAUGACCGACGUGAGAGUGCUCCUGAGAACAAUGCUUAAAAAAGAAAGUAUCGCUGGACUGGAUGAAUUUCUGACGGAUUACCGUUCCUUCACCGAGGCCAUAUCAGCUGUCGUCAAAGAACUCGAAUCCGACAAUCUCGAUCCAAGCAGAGUCGUUGAGGUCAGAGAACAACUUGAGAACGUCACGAGCAAAGUUUCCACUCUUUACGAUCGGUUGUUGGAAUUUGCGAAUGAACCAGCGACUAAAACUCGACGGAAGGCGAAAAAAUCCAGUGGCACCAGUGGCAAAGGGAAAAAGUUGAUCAGACAGGAUACGAGUGUGUGUCUCAGUCCCCGGAAGGGAAUUCCAUUGGUCCGAGAUCGUACGACUGGCAAAGCGGUGCAAGAGAGAAACGUGUAUGCACUGAACGUAUGGCGCCGAGUACGAGGAAAGCUCAAAGGUUACGAUCCAAAUCCCUUGCGAAUGUAUACACCAGCCGAGCAAGUGGAAUAUGUGAUUCGUGAGGCGCAGAGUUUCGAUAAUCUUGCCCUUUUGUACGAGGGCUGGACACCGUGGGUCUGAACGUCUAAGGACGCCGGCGCAUGUGUGCGUCGCUGGUUUGAUUCUCGUCUCACAAAAGGUACUAAAACAUGGGUACCAUAAGGGAAACAAAUGACGAACAAAAAACGAAAAAGAAAUAAAAAGCUCGCUUGGCGCGUCUCUCUUCGACGUCGUUAGUGGCCCAAAAAAUGCCAAGAAAAACAACUCCAAGCGUGAUGGGCAAGGUGUGAAUAGCCGAUGCGUAUCACCUUGGAACGAGCAAACAUAAGGGAAACACAAAACCAAUACGACGAUGAAGGCCCUCCCCGCUGCAAGGCCAAGCAAAAAGAAGAAAAAUAAAACGGGAAACACCGCUUCUCCCGUGUGAGAAACAAUUUCACGGUGGCGAGGGCUCGCCAAAUCCGAGUACUCCACAUCUCGUAAAUGGUUUAUGAUUAUUGAAAAAGUUUUUUCUUUCCUUAUUCAAGUAUAUAAACCGGAGAAAAUAUGGAAAAUGAAGCGGAGAGAAGUAAUGAGAGGAUGAAUUUAAUGCUAAAUUGACAGAUUGGUAAUAAUCGCGAACUACCUACCAGCUUGAUGAGAGGAUUAUUCAACAACGAAACUUGAGUUUUCCUUCUUUUGAGAUAAUCAUAAAACGUCUACAAGAUGUUUAGUUGUGGAACGUGGAAACAUUGCAUCAGGCGGCUAUUGAGCGUCAAUGAAAUUUGGCCAUUCAAAAGAAAAAGAUGCGUUAUAAUUCUGUCAAAUUGAACUCUCGAGAGAGAGAACGACAACGAUGAUUCAGUUGUUACAUUUUCUUUUCUCGUACAAGGCUCAUACUUGCGAUUCGAAUGUUUGGAGGAAUAAGGACAAAGAAAACCUUUCUUUCGACGGUCGAUUUCAUUGCAACAGGAACCUUGACGAUUUUCAAUUAAAAAACGUUCAACGUAGCGAUAUAAUAGAUCCCCGUCUAUCCUUUCGUCUCUUUCAAAAAUAAAAGAGCUGAAAUCGUCAUCUCAGUCAAGAUAAUUGGAUCUAUUAACGUAACAAAUCUUUUUCAUUUAUUUAUCAUCUUCUAGAGAUUAUAACGUUACACUUUUUUCGAAUAUUCAUGAGCACCAUUAUUAGCAAACAAUGUUCCGCCCCUCCCCUCGGCUUAUCCCAAAUCUCGUAAAAAUCUCAAAACUGAAUCGCAUAUUUUUUCAAUUUUUUUACGACCACGAUCUGUCGUCUCGUACCAUUCAUGAACUACGAGAGCCUCAUUGAGAGCUGCACAUUACUUGUUCUAGAACACCCGUAGAUCAUUUCGAUUCAUUAGUCAAAAGAAAGUGUAGUUAUCCUUUCGUGAAAACAUCGAUUUUAUAAUCCGAAGAAACGAUAUUAGGAAUAACAGAUCCUGGUCAAACGAUUAAUGGUAGUUGUAAGAUUUGACGCGUUAGUAUUUUCUUUCAUCCCGCAUUUCUCACCCUCAAAGUUCCGGAAUUAUAUUCAGUGAAAGAAAAAACAAGAUUAAAACAAAUCAUUUUCCCAGUGGAGGUAAAUAUGAAAAUGCAAAAAAAAAAGCCACAAACAAAAACGAAUGUGUAAUUCUCUGCAAAUCUUGCGUACUCUUUUAUUUUUCUCUACUUCCGUUUCAAUAUUAGUUAAUAUAGUUGUAGUAUUGUCAAAAAAAUCUGGUAAAAUAUAUUUAAAAAAAAAAAAAACAGUUGAAAACAACAAAACUU